AUGGUUUCAACAAAGGUUCUCGGUCUUCUGACUGCCGUAUCUCUCGUCGUCUCAUCGCCAUUGAACAAGAAGGCAGUAAUCGACGAUUGCCUGUUCGCAGCCAGCGUCCCAUAUAACGAGAAAGGCAGCUCUCAGUGGGAAGCAGAUGGAUCCCCGUUCAACGUCAGGAUACCAUACGGCCCGGUCUCCAUCGCCGUCCCCCUCAACACAGAGCAUAUCCAAGCCGCAGUAAAGUGCGGUCGAGACAAUGGUGUCAAAGUAACGCCGAAAUGUGGUGGCCAUAGCUACGCCAAUUUCGGCUUCGGUGGUGAAGAUGGCCAUCUCAUGUUGGAGCUUGACCACAUGUACAAUGUCACCCUUGACAACGCCACCGGUAUCGCGACAGUCCAGGCUGGAUCCCGUCUGGGUCACGUCGCGAGCGAGCUGUACAAGCAAGGAGGCAAGGCAAUCAGCCAUGGGACAUGUCCAGGUGCAGGCCAUGUUCUCCAUGGUGGGUACGGAAUGAGCUCCCAUACCAAGGGGCUCGCCCUCGACUGGCUCGUAGGAGCGAAGGUUGUUCUGGCAAACAGCACCGUCGUUAUCGCUUCCGAAGCUGAGAAUGCGGACCUUUUCUGGGCGCUGAAAGGAGCAGGCAGUUCCCUCGGAGUUGCAUCCGAGUUCUACUUCAAGACCUUUGAUGCGCCACAGCAAGCCACGAACUUCCUCGCCGUUCUUCAGUGGGAUUCUCAAAAGUCCAUCGAUGGGUUUAAGGUGCUGCAGGAUUGGGCGGAAGAAGAGAUGCCGAGGGAGCUCAACAUGCGGCUUUUUAUCACUCCACGCUUCACCAACCUGGAAGGGAUGUUCUACGGAAACAAGACUGGGUUGCAGGAUAUUUUAGACCCAUUGCUAACGAAAUUGGGAGGCAAGUUGACGACAUCUCAGACCACUGAUUGGUUUGGCAACUUGCAACAUUUCGGAAACGGCCUAGCGCUCGAUCAGAAAGAUACAUAUAAGAAGGCAAGUUUCUUCCUAGGCCUCACGCAUUGUCGUUUGGCUAACUCGCACCAGCAAGAGAACUUUUACUCUAGCAGUCUAUAUACAGACAAACUCUCAGACGACCAGACUGAGUCUUUCGUCAAUUACUGGUAUGGCGCCGGCAAAGCCUUGAAGCGAGAUUGGUGGGUGCAAGUCGACCUUCACGGGGGCAAGAACUCGGCCAUCACCGCUAUUCCUGCCAACUCUUCUGCGUACGCUCAUCGCGACAAGUUGCUGCUGUAUCAGUUUUAUGACCGAGUCGAUUUGUCGGCGACAUACCCUGAAGAUGGCUUCUCGUUUCUCCAGGGCUUUAGAGCGAACACCACUCUUGGCAUGGAGCCAGGGGAACAGGGCAUGUACUUCAACUAUCCCGAUCCAAACAUGGAGCAGGAUGAGGCGCAAACGAAAUACUGGGGCGAUAACCUGGCCAGGUUGCAGGAGAUCAAGGCGGCUGUUGAUCCAACUGAAGUCUUCUACUUCCCACAGAGCGUGCGACCGGCAACUCCUGUUGAGCACUGA